UCGCUGUCGUAUCGGGAUCUUGACCGUGAUGGGGACAAAGGCGAAAGUCGGGAGGAAACAAUUACUUCUCUUCACAUCAGUGAUCUUGUGCUCCCUGACGUUGGGCAGGGGUGCAGUGUACACUUCUGAACCAGAAGUCAGAGUUGCUGAGAACAAACCUGCCAAGCUGUCCUGCUCCUACUCCGGGUUCUCCUCUCCCCGUGUGGAGUGGAAAUUUACCCAUGGCGACAUCACCAGCCUCGUCUGCUAUAACAACAAGAUCACAGCUUCCUAUGAGAACCGAGUUACCUUCUCGGCUAGUGGCAUCACCUUCCAUUCUGUGACCAGGAAAGACACAGGGACGUAUACUUGUAUGGUCUCUGACGAAGGCGGCAACACCUACGGGGAAGUCACUGUUAACCUCAUUGUGCUUGUGCCUCCAUCGAAGCCUACAAUCAGUGUUCCCUCCUCUGCUACCAUCGGGAACCGGGCUGUGCUGACCUGCUCAGAGAAAGAUGGUUCCCCACCCUCUGAAUACUUCUGGUUCAAGGAUGGGGUAUUGAUGCCUACAGAGCCCAAGAGCAACCGUGCCUUCAUCAACUCUUCCUAUAGCCUGAAUCCGAAGACAGGGGAGCUGAUCUUUGAUCCUGUGUCGGCCUCUGAUGCUGGAGAUUACACUUGUGAGGCACAGAAUGGGUAUGGGUCACCCAUGAGAUCAGAUACUGUGCACAUGGAAGCUGCGGAACUGAAUGUGGGCGGCAUCGUGGCAGCUGUCCUUGUCACACUCAUUCUCCUCGGAGUGUUGAUUUUUGGCAUCUGGUUCGCCUACAGCCGCGGCUACUUUGACAGAGCAAAGAAAGGGACUUCCAGUAAGAAGGUGAUUUACAGCCAACCCACUGCUCGAAGUGAAGGGGAAUUCAGACAGACCUCAUCAUUCUUGGUGUGACCCUGGUCCAUGCAUCGCCUGUCUCC